CAGGCGCAGCAGCAGCGUUGUGGUUUUGUUCAUAACGAGCGUUGUUUGUCUCCGAGUGCCACUCUGCCCCUGGCUGCUGCUCCGACGCCUCGUGAGUCAUGCCCGCCAUGCCCGUCGCCACUCUGCUGCCACUCAACAGCUCUGCCACCGCCGUUGGCACCGCCGUUGGCACCGCCGCGCUCUCUACGCUCUCUGGAACCACGACUCUCCACGCCGCCGUCUCCAUGGCGACCCCCGGCAGCUCCGCGGCGACCGCGGCGAGCUCUGCGCUCUGGACCACUCUCGGUCUGGACGACUACUCCGUCUCGGGCGACUACGAGGACGACUACGUGACGCUGAUCCCGCCCGAGGACCCGUGGGCGGGGCUGAACCAGGCCGUGUCCACGCUCUACUUCCUGGUCUUCCUGCUGGGUUUCCUGGGCAACGUGUUCGUGCUGUGCGUGCUGGGCUGGUCUCGCGGAGGCGGCUCGGGCGGCCGGCUGGUGGACACCUUCGUGCGGCACCUGGCCGUGGCGGACCUGGUGUUCGUGGGCACGCUGCCGCUGUGGGCCGUCUCGGCGUCCGCCGGCUACCGCUGGGACUUCGGCCAGCCGCUGUGUCGCCUCAGCAGCGCCGCGGUGGCGGUCAACCGCGUGUCCAACGUGGCGUUCCUGGCGUGCAUGAGCGCCGACCGCUACCUGGCCGUGGUGCGGCGGCUGGACUCUCGCCUGGUGCGGAGCGGCGGGUGCGUUCGGCUCACCUGCGCCCUCGUGUGGACGCUAGCGGUGGCUCUCGGGGCGCCCGCGCUGGUCUUCCGCCGCGUGGACGAGCGUGGGCUGUGCGUGGACCCCGAGGACUCGCCGGCGUUCCAGGCCUACAGCCUGCUGAUGGUGCUGCUGGCGUUCGCGCUGCCCGUGGGCGUGAUCUCGCUGUGCUACGGCGCCAUCUGCCUGCACCUGCAGCGCCACUGCGCCCUGACCGCCGCCCACCACCCCCGCGCCCAGGCCCACGCCCGCCGCCGACACACACUCAAGAUCGUCCUGGCCAUCGUCACGGCGUUCGUGGCGUCCUGGCUGCCCUUCAGCGUGUGUCGGGCGACGCUGGCGGUGGCGAAGUUGACGGGCACGGAGCUUGGCGAUGCCAACCGUGCCACCCUGGGGCGGGCGAUGCUGCUCUCGUCCUGCCUGGCGUUCGUCAACAGCUGCGCCAACCCGGCCAUCUACCUGCUGCUGGACCGCCACUUCAGACGCCGCGCCGCUCGCCUGGUGUGCCAAUGGCAACGCCGUCGCCACGGCAACCGUGCCCACCACGACUCACUCUCCUCGCCCACCGGCGAGAGCAUCUCUGGAUCCACACACACACGCAGCCGACUCACCUCCCUCAACCUGAAGACCUGAGGACACACACACACACACACACACACACACACACACACACACACACACACACACAGACGCAGCCGACUCACCUCCCUCAACCUGAAGACCUGAGGACACACACACACACACACACACACACACACACACACACAUAUGCACACACACACACACACACACACCCGCACGCAGCCAACUGACUUCCCUUAACUUCAUGGCUCACCCACAAAACAUGCUUGCACACAUGUACACACACACACACACACACACGUACACACACACACACAUGUACACAUGCACAUUCCUACACAAAUAUAUGUACAGACGUCUCCGAACAAUAACUCAAACACAAAACCAACACACACACACACACACACACACACACAGCACUCUGUGAACCUGAAACAAGGAACUCACACAUGCUUACCACAGAGAUGAAUUGUGAUCUCACAAAGGAACUACACACACACACACACACACACACACACACACACACACACACAGAGAAAGAGAGAGAGAACUCAGAGCAGAAUAAUAUAGAAAGAAAGAACACGGCACCACUGCGCUACACAUGGCAGCAUUACUGGACUACACACACACACCGGCGUUAGAAAACAGACACUGCAAGGUAAUGCUUCAGACACACACACACACACACACACACACACACACACACACACAGAGAAAACUCAAAAAAGGGCAGAACUAUACACAGCAAGGUACUGCUUUACACAAACACACACACACACACACACACACACACACACACACACAUACAACUCCAAAAAGAGCAGAAUUAUACACAGAAAGGUAUUGCUUCAAACGGAAAACAAUACUCUGCUAAGAAUUUCUCUACUAUUUCUUAACUGACAUAUUAGUACCACUUGCAUUAAAGAUGUAAUCACAGUGUUAUGAUCACGCACGCACGAGAGAAAUGAAAUCUCACAGCUGUCAGCAUUUGCUUCCUCCGUAGCGACGACUGAGAGAUUUAUAACGUACACGUCUGUAGCUGUCAAAUCAAUAAUCUCUUUUGUUUCUUACGAAUAUUAAGGGGAAAUGGCAUUUAAUUAGAGUAUAUUAAAGUGUUUUGUGUUAUGAUUUUUUAACAAAUUAUUUUGGUAAUAGCAUAACAAUAUUGAAGUGCUUUAUGUAAAUAAUUUCUAAUUAACAAUAAUAUAACAAUAUUGUGUUUUUGUGUAAUUAAUAUCUUUGUUCAUAAUGUCUGUAAUGCUUUUAAAACCUUUUCACACAAAUGUGUCAUAUUCUCAUUCAUUUUCGAGGUAGAAUAAAAGGUUUGCUGCUCUGAGAAAUUAAA